GUCUAAUUGGGAUUGUCGACAUGGCGGGCAGAUAGCCUCGAAUCCUUAAGUUUUUUUAAAAUUGCGGAACUACAGGAAACUCUGAAGAACCACCAAAAAUGGGCUUUCUUUGUGUCAGGGAGGGUGAAGAGUCUCUGAUGUGCAAUGGAACUUUAUAUGAUCGUCACGAGGAAGCGCUAAACUACAAGGACGGAUCAUUUUGGGUUUACCUCGGAGUCUACAUUGCCUUGGUGUUGUUUGCAGGCGAGUCAGCUUAUAAAUUAUAUUCUUUCUCGUAAGAGACUGCAAUGAUUCACAUUUAAGGCGAUUUUCAAAGGUAAACGCACGAACAAAAAUCGAAGUAGUUGAUUCACAACGAAACUAAAGGUAUAUAAAUUCUUAACGACUGGGCGUUAUGGUUUAAAGUUCAGAAAUAGCUGUCAAGGAAAUUUUAAUAAUUUAAUAUUCAAGGUUAACUAAAGCUAGCAAAAGUAUGGGGAUAAAACUUGAAUUUGUUACAAAAUUCCAGACAAAAUUUGAUUUGAUUAUUUUUUUUCAAAUAUUUUAUAAUGGACACGAAGAUUAUUUUUCAUUUUUACAUUUAUGUAUGGAAAUCUGGAAGGACGAGGUUACGUUUAGUGUCUUUUAAAAGAUCCUUUUAGUCUCCAAAAGCUCAUAAUUUUAUGAAAAAGGUUGAUUUUCGAUUUAAAAAUCAUUUAGCUUUCAAUCUUUCAUUCUCAGACCUGGCCUGCACUACUUUUAAUGACAUAUCAUUUAUGUUUAAUUAUAUUUUUCAGGUUUGAUGUCUGGACUGACCAUGGGCCUACUAUCACUGGAUAUUUUGAGUUUAAAAGUUCUGCAAAGGGGAGGGAAGCUACAAGAGAAGAAACAUGCUGCUAAAAUUUUGCCAUUGGUAGAAAAACAUCACUUGUUAUUGGUCACUCUCCUGUUGGCAAAUGCUGCUGCAGUGGAGUCUAUGCCAAUUUUUAUGGAUAGGAUCUCCAGUCCUGUUAUUGCCAUCUGUGUUUCAGUUACUGCUGUGCUGUUUUUUGGAGAGUAAGAGGAUAUAUAUAUAAAGCCUUUUUGUCAAAGACAAAGAGAAAACUUUGGGGUGACACAGCUAUUUCUAUGUCAUACACAUGAAUAGGUCUGUUUUUCUCAGAGAGUUGGAGGAUAUGGAGGGCUUGAUCAUGAUUAUGAUCAAGAUCUUUUAGAAAACUUUGCAGUGACAUGGAAAUGUUGUUUGUGUCUCUCUAUAUAUAUAUUUGGCAAAUUCCUUUCUGGAAGUGAUGCUUUAUUCCAAAGAUUGUUUACCUGCUUGUACAUGUCGGUGUCAGUUAUUUUGUCUUGUAUUUUCCCAAAUAGAUUCAGUAACAGUAACAGUAACAGUUCAAAGCAGAUGUUGGCAGGCUCUGUGUGGAGUUUAAGUGAAAGAACUGUCUUAAUAUGCUGAUAUAGACAAAGCCGAAGAACAAAGUGAGAACUAAGUAAUGCAAAAUUUAAGAUGCUUUCUUAUUGUGAUCUUUGUGCAUUUUAUUGACAGAGUUGUUCCUCAAGCCCUAUGUACCCGUUAUGGCCUGGCUAUUGGUGCAACACUGGCACCGUAAGUUGUUCAUCUGUGUUGUUGAAUGAUGGGUGGAAUAACUGUUGUUAGUAUAUACCACACAAGUGAAUAGUGCUCAUAGGCACACUGAUUGGUUAGUGCGGAAGUGAAUAGCAAGUACCAUUCACCUCUGAGCAGUGGAUGAGACAAAAUCACACAUCAAAGUUUAAUUUUUGACCAUUAAUGGGUAUAAUGGAAUAAAUAAACUAAUUUUUUAGUUUCUGUGUUAUAUUAUAAAACAACCAUUCACCUCAGUGUUUGUGAAAGUGGCAAAUAUCCACCACUAUUCACUGCCACUGAGGUGAAUAAUUGUUAAUUUUUUUUUUUUUUUUUUUAUCAGUGGGGUAAAUCCCUCUUUUAAAAACAGUUCAUUUGUGAUAAAGGUUCAUGAAGGAAUUUAUAUAGGCUUUGUGUGAUCCUGCUUUUGGGAACUAUAUGUCAAGUAGUAUAUUUGCAUGGAUGAAAAUGUAUUUCUUGUGAUACUUCCUCUCACCAAGUAUGUUCCAGACAGUGUAUGUUGAAAUGGUUUCCAAACUAGUGUGAUUCACUCUCUCUCUGGUUCCAGAUAUCUUGUGAUAAUCCUUAAACAAGAAAAGGAAUAUGAAACUCACUCUGAAUAAGAAGAUAAUGUUUUAGUUAUGUUUUCAGGAAGAAGUAUCACUUAGUUUUGUGGACUGCAAUUUCCUGCCUGCUGACUACCUGUGAAAUUGUUUCGCUUCGCAGGAUGGUGAAAUUGCUAAUGUUGUUACUGUUUGUGAUUGCUUGGCCCAUUUCUAAACUUUUGGACUGUCUUCUGGGACAUGAGCACUCCACUUUCUUCAGACGAGCAGGUACUACUACUGAUAGUUGUCUUGUUACACAAAAUGAGCAUCCUUUUUAGCUUGGAUCAUGAUAAUUUAGCAGUUUUUGAAUGAAGAAUUGCCUCUAAUCUCUAUUCUGUUAGAACUACGGGAACUUGUGGAUCUUCACAGAGAGUCUGCAGAUGCAAAUGAAGAUCCCCUCAGAGAUGACGAGGUCCUGAUUAUACAGGUAUGUUAUUGUGUGUGUGGGUUCCCUGUGUCUAGGCACAGCUGAAAGAAAAUGCAAGGAUAUUGCAUCCAAAAGGGAGUUUUGGACUGAGAGCUUUUAUGAGAUGGGGAACUUUUUCCCAGCUUGAACUUUUUUCAUAAAGUUGUGUCAUCCACAUAAAUGUCUUAUAUCAAGUCACUCUACUUAAAGGCAUGUUGUGGACAAAAAAGUAAGAGAGUGGGUCCCAAGAUCAAUCUUUGAGACACUCCUUGUAAAAACUGCUUACUGGUGGAACAGCAGCCAUUAAUAUGCAUUUAUUAUUUCCUGCUUGUAAGAUAUGACCUAAACCACUUUUUAAGAGUUUUUUGUUAACUUAAAAGGCUUUUUCACAAUGACAUGGUUGAUACUUGAAACUGUUUUUCCAAAUUUACUCGUUCACCAUAUGAAACAUGUACAGUAUAAAUGUGCAAGGCUGGAUUAGAAUUAGUGUUCAAUUUUACACUUGCUAUAUAGUCCAAGUAUUCAUCUAUGGAAACAGGGAUGAGGAGAGGUAAUGCAAUUUUUCAAGGGUUUUUCUGCUUAUAAGAUGGUAUAUUAUAAGUUGAGUUAUACAGAAGGACAAGAAAAACUUUAUUACCACCAAUUUAAAAAUGUUUCGAGUUGUACUUUCAAAUUUGAAGCAUUGUGCCAUCAAGCAGUCUUGUCUAAUAAUGGUGUCCUGUUGCUGCAGGGAGCAUUGGAAAUGAGGAACAAAACAGUGGCAGAUAGAUACACACCUUUGGAGAAUGUUUUCAUGCUAGAUGCAAAUUGCAAGCUGGAUCAUGACACAAUGACACAGGUGAGUGUUCAAGAAUUUGAAAAAUAGAGCACAUUUUAAUUGACAGAUUUAAAAUUAAAUUAUGGCACAAUUGAGGUUAUUUGGAACUAGUGUAAAAUAUUUCCUUCUGUUCUGUCUCACACCAUGACUAAGCGGAAACUUCUCUAGCCAUAAUAAAUGGUUUUAUACAUGAGAAAUUUAAACAAAGUUUAACUUUUAGCCCCAAGUGAGUGCCAAUUGUAUUUCACACUUAUGCACCAAAUGAUUGAGAGGUGGUAGACAUUUCCUGGAUUACAAAUUUAAAAUUCUCUAUAUUUCAAUGUUCUUUUUAACUUUUAGACUUGGAUAAGUGCCAAUUGUAUUUCACGCUUUUGUACCAAAUGAUUGAGAGGUGGCAGACAUUUCCUAGAAUUCAAAUUUCAAAUUCUUGUUAUUUCAAUGUCCUUUUUAAUUCUUUUGUUUGGACUCCAGAUUAGUGGAAAAGGCCAUUCACGUGUACCUGUGUAUGAGGGAGACAAAGAAAACAUUGUGGGGCUUCUGUUUGUCAAGUCACUUAUCAUGUUGGACCCUGACGAGGCCACACCCAUCAAAGAUGUGUACAAAGCUGGAUCUUUUCUACGUUCAUCUACGACUGAACCUCUGUUUGAUUUACUAGACAAGUUUCAGACUGGAAAAAGUAUGUAUGUGCCUCCAGUGUUUGAUUUUGUUUCAGGGUAUGAUUCAAAAGCCUACAAAAUAUGAGAAAGUUGGGGAGAGUUGUGGGGGAAGGAUUACACUGGGCAAGAGGUACCAUUCAAAGGCUAUCCGAUGUUAAAAAAACCCAAAAUUAAAUCGAGAAUGUGACUUUUUUUCAAGUCUUCUUAAUUCAGUUUGAAAAUUCCAAGGAUGUUCCAGCCGUUAUUUGUGAAUAUUUUAAGUGAGCUCAAACCCAACCCAACUAACUUUUUUCCAGGGUGUCUCUGGUGUUUACAUUCUGUGGUACUGUUUAUCACGAAAAUGAGCCAUUGAAUUCUUCAACUGAACCUCUUAUUAUUUUAGGAAAAUCUGUAAAUGAAUAUUGAAUUUGAAAGCGAAGAAUUUUCCUUUUUUUAAUCCAGGUCAUCUUUGCGUCGUUUUCAAGACACAGAUAGACGAAGGCAACAACAUGAAAUCGGUAAGUAACUGACCUAAGAUUGAAAUCGUGAGUGAACAAUAAGUUGUCCUGUCGAAGGGUUAUGAAUCUUGAGGUCGAUUAAUCGAAUCUUACAUGCAGGAGCGUUACAGGACGUUUGGUUUUACCUUACGUGACAUAAUCAUACGGACUACGUCACUCAUAAUGUGUUUUCCUUUCACACUGGAAUUUUCCAAAGUUCAGCGCAUCCAUCAGUGACCUUUAGUUUUUUUUUUUUAACGAAUUCGAGAUUAUCUUCCUCUCCCGUCUAGAAUGAAACAUAUAUUUAAGAGGAAUUGGCGUAUUCCAGGCAAGGCUGCGAAAGUCCCUCUUGCUCCCUCAUUUUCUCUUGGUUGUGCUUACAGUAAUAAUAGCGGAACUCUUUUCCUGUCUCAUGUUCUGGACUUGAAACAAAAAAAAUGCUCAAGUUAAGUAAGAAAUUAUUUAUUAAUUACUUCAAUUUUGGUUUCUGAGACAUAUGGCUAUUUUGGCUCAUCUAUCAGAACUGGUACGCUCAAAGGUUGGUACAUGUAUUCAGUUGGACUGAAGAGAAUGGACACGCGCUUGCUACGCCCUUUUGUGCAGCUAGUGCGCGGGUCUAGACCUCGUGACAUUUCUUUUCACAAAUCUCAAUUUUGUGUUGUCUUCGUAGCGAGUUGUUGGCAUUAUAACUCUGGAGGAUGUGCUUGAGUUGUUGAUACAAGAGGAGAUCUGGGACGAGGCAGACAUAACAUGUACUCGAAAUCCACCUGACGUCAGCAAGAAGGUGUCUUUGGCCAAAGCGAGGUUGAGUAGAAUGAAAUCAGUCGAUGCUGAAAGAUCACGAAGACCGCUCAGUCCUGGUUUCAAACCGCCAGAGGUAAGCUGUGGAGUGUAACUGUCGUACUGUUGUUGUAUAACACGGUGGAACCUCAGUCUAACAAACCCAUUACAUAGCAUACAUUUUUCUAAAGCUGCUACACCUAGACGGGCUGUCAGUCCAUCGAAGGUAACCUCCUUAGCUUUUAACUGUUUGCUGGUACUCCUAGCUGGAGAGAGGCUAUGAGAGAGUCAAAAGUGUUGUCAAAGAACAUAACAAAACGAUUCAGUCAGGGUUCGUAUUCGGACCUCUCGAUCCUAAAUUCACACUUCGAAGUCAGCUUCUCACAGAAGAGGGUGGGUGGGGGAGGUGAUGCUCAAACCAAAUACCGUCUGUGGUAUGGUUUAGAUAUUUUCCCUGAAAACUACCCGAUUUGAUUUUCACAGGAGGUUCCGGAAAGGACACAAGAUUCAUACAGUGACACUCAACCUCUUUUAGGGGACAGCCGGGCAGAGAAAUCCUGAUUCAUCGCGAUGUGGAGUGGGAGUUUUGUAUUGUACUUGAUCAUUGGUACGUCAUACUUUUACGGACUUUUAGUGAUUAACUAUGGAUUUUGCAUCGGAGUUGACUGCUAUGAUCGAAACAUGAAAUAUAUGUUGUUUGUCAUUAGGCAUGGUAGAAGGGUGAUGCAUCAAUAGAGUUCAUUUCUAUUUAGUAUCGUGAAAUUGAAACUAGAACAAUCACAGAAGCAAAUCAGAACGAUGUUAAGUUACAGGCAAGCGCGGGAAAGUGCGAGUAACCAAGUUGCGAGUGAUAGUUUUGCAUCUGAUUGGCUAAGAAGGUGAUUGAUCUGGACCGGAGUUCUCUAUGAAUCUCCUUCGCUGCUCUCCACUCUUUUCCUCUUUAUCUUCCAUUCAACAACUUACGUGCAUACACACGUCUACGUACCUCUAACUUGCUUCUCUUUAAACCUCUUUUAUUGCUAACGUUACCACUUAAAAUGUAAAAUUUGGGCAAAAUCGCCCUUUCGCUUGAUUGAUACUUUCCUCUCUAACUAUAGAAUUAAAUAUGGACCAUAGCUAGAUAUUGAUGGACUGUUGAUGGACUGUUUCCAUAAACCUCUUUACAACUAUAUUCCUUUCGUAAGAACGAUAAACUGAUAUUGUCUGUCGCGAAAUUGAAAUACAAUAAUUUGCAUUUGUAAGUUUCACGCUUUACCUGAUUUAUAGCUUAACGAAAAUGAUUUUUCCUUUCGAAUAUUUUAUAUGUUUCGCGACAAAUUUAUGGAUUAAAAAGGAGUAAAUACGAGUAACAAAUACAAUUCAGCCUUUUUAGGAAUGGCUAGAUUUUGUAUAUUAUGUUACAUGUAAUUGGUACUCUUGUUUCUUAUCAUAACACCUACAAGACAG